GAAUCGCAGGAGAGAGAAGCGAGAGGCGCCUGAGGCCUGAGCCGAACGUUCCCGAAGCAGUUGAGGAAGAAAAAUGCUCAUAUGCUCUUCCUCCUCCCCGCCUCUCUUCCUGCCUCUCCCUUCUUCAUGCCGAACUCUCAAGGUUUCUCUCGUCAUUUCGCUUCGUCAGAUGUUGUUAGAUCCGAAGUUGGCCGUGCUUUUCCUCUAUUUCGUUGAUUUGCCUCGAUUUGCCAUGCAAAUGUAGAUUUUAGUCAAUUUCCGGUACCAAAGGAGCUUCGAGUUUUCAUCAGUCUUGAGGUCGCAAUCUGUCAUGGUUGUGCAAGACGCCAAUCAGCAUUAGUGGCGAAUGUGUCUGCAAGUUUUGCUGGUAGAUUACCUUUCUUUUAUCAGCAAAGAUGGUACAUGAACAACAAGGCUGAACGACAUUUUGCAAUAUCAUCUGUUGUGAAAGAAAACCAAACUAUGACGACUAGCACUGAAGAUGUUCAACUUGGAAUUUUUGAAAUUGAUCCAUCAUUGGAAAAAUUCAAAGACCAUUUCAGUUAUAGGACAAAGAAAUAUGUAGAAACCGAAUCAAUGAUCAAAAAAUAUGAAGGAAGCCUUGAAGCAUUUGCUCAAGGCUACCUCAAGUUUGGAUUCAACAGAGAACAAGAUAGUAUUGUCUACCGUGAAUGGGCUCCAGCUGCACAAGAAGCACAAGUUAUUGGAGAUUUUAAUGGUUGGGAUGGGUCCAACCACAAAAUGGAAAGAAACGAAUUUGGGAUAUGGACAAUUAGAAUUCCAGACUCUGGAGGCAUCCCAUCCAUUCCACACAAUUCCAGAAUCAAAUUUCGGUUCAAACAUGGCAAUGGGAUUUGGGUUGACAGGAUUCCAGCAUGGAUUAGAUUUGCUACUCUUGACCCUACUAGGUUUGCUGCUCCUUAUGAUGGGGUUUAUUGGGAUCCACCACCUUCAGAAAGGUAUGUAUUCAAGCAUCCUCGACCUCCAAAACCUGCUGCUCCAAGGAUCUACGAAGCUCAUGUUGGGAUGAGUGGCCCUGAACCACGUGUAAGCACUUACAGGGAAUUUGCGGAUAAUGUCUUACCUCGUAUUCGAGCAAAUAAUUAUAACAUGGUUCAGUUAAUGGCUAUCAUGGAACACUCUUACUAUGGAUCUUUUGGUUACCAUGUUACCAACUUUUUUGCUGUAAGUAGUAGAUCUGGGACACCAGAGGAUCUCAAGUAUCUUAUAGACAAAGCCCAUGGUUUAGGAAUACGAGUUCUGAUGGAUGUCGUUCACAGCCAUGCUAGCAACAAUGUCACAGAUGGUCUUAAUGGGUUUGAUGUUGGACAAAGCACUCAAGAAUCAUACUUCCAUACUGGAGAAAGGGGUUAUCAUAAGCUAUGGGAUAGCCGAUUAUUUAACUAUGCUAAUUGGGAAGUUCUACGCUUUCUUUUAUCAAACUUAAGAUGGUGGUUGGAUGAGUUCAAGUUUGAUGGCUUCCGAUUUGAUGGUGUGACUUCAAUGCUCUACCAUCAUCAUGGAAUUAACAUGGCAUUCACUGGAAACUACAGUGAGUAUUUCAGUGAGGCUACCGAUGUGGAUGCGGUUGUUUACAUGAUGCUUGCAAACCGCUUGGUGCACAAGGUUUUGCCAGAUGCCACUAUUAUUGCCGAAGAUGUUUCUGGUAUGCCAGCUCUAUGUCUACCGGUCUACGAAGGUGGAGUAGGUUUUGACUAUCGUUUGGCCAUGGCAAUCCCUGACAAGUGGAUCGAUUACUUGAAGAAUAAAAUAGAUAUUAAAUGGUCAAUGAAAGACAUUGCUUGGAGCUUAACAAACAGGCGAUAUACUGAAAAGUGCAUAGCAUAUGCAGAGAGUCAUGAUCAGGCCAUUGUGGGGGACAAAACAAUUUCCUUCCUUCUAAUGGACAAGGAGAUGUAUUCAGGCAUGUCCAAUUUGAAACCUGCUUCGCCUCUCAUUGAUCGAGGAAUUUCACUACACAAGAUGAUUCACUUCAUAACUAUGGCGCUGGGUGGUGAAGGCUACCUAAAUUUCAUGGGAAAUGAGUUUGGCCAUCCGGAAUGGAUUGACUUCCCAAGGGAAGGCAAUGGUUGGAGCUAUGAUAAGUGUAGACGCCAGUGGAACCUUGUGGACACUGAUCACCUAAGAUACAAGCACAUGAAUGCCUUUGAUAGAGCAAUGAAUUUGCUUGAUGAUAGAUUUCACUUCCUUGCAUCAACAAAGCAGAUUGUGAGUAGCACAUCUGAAGAAGAUAAGGUUAUCGUCUUUGAGCGUGGAGAUUUGGUUUUUGUGUUCAAUUUCCAUCCAGAGAACACCUAUAGCGGAUAUAAGGUUGGCUGUGAUUUGCCGGGGAAAUACAGGGUCGCACUCGAUAGUGAUGCUCCGGAAUUUGGCGGACAUGGACGAGUUGGCCAUGAUGUAGACCAUUUUACAACUCCUGAAGGAAUUCCAGGAGUCCCUGAAACAAACUUCAACAACCGUCCCAACUCGUUCCAAAUCCUAUCCCCUGCCCGCACUUGCACGGUUUAUUACAAAGUUGAUGAAACUGCUGAGCAACCCGGUGAAGAAACAGCCAUAAGUGAAACAACGGUGUCAGGGAUUCUGGAUCAAUCCGAAACUUAUGAAACCACUGAAAUCCUCCUAGGUGAAGAAACAACUGAAAUAGCAACGUUGGCCCUGGAUGAUUCGAAGAUUGAUGAGACUGCUGAAUUGUCGAGUGACAACAGACCAACAGAGGAUUCUCUUGAUCAAACUCCUUUAGAAGAUCGUUCAGGUGAAAUUAGAGAUUGAGCAUCAAACAGACAAGGAAAACUCUCUUCCUAAUUAUCUUGGUUGAAAAAGAAAAAUGCUCUGUUAAAGGACAUUUAACAUAUGAAAAAAAAUAUGGGUAAAUGUACAUAGAUCUAUUAGAGAUGGCCUGUUUUUUAAGGCUGUGGUUGACGGAAGGAGAAAAGUGAGCAAGAAAGAAAUUCUUUCAUUUUGGGGGAAUCGUCGAGGGAACUGAAACACUUCUAAAUUUAAGUCUCCCUGUUUGAAAUUGCUUAAUUAAAACUCCCUCAUCUAUUGUAUAAAAUAUUGUUUUUCCUAUCA